AUGCGGAGCAGACAACAGCAGCAGGGGAUCUGCCUCUCGGCGAGCAGCCCGCGGCGGCGCCAUGAGCGGGGCACCCCUUACAUCAGCAGCAAGAUCAGCCUCAUCUCCAAGGCGGAGAUCUGCUACGAGGGCAUCCUCGUCUACACCAUCAACACCGAAAACUCCACUGUAGCCCUCGCCAAAGUUCGAUCCUUUGGUACAGAAGACAGACCAACAGAUUGUCCAAUACCACCUCGAGAUGAAGUCUUUGAAUACAUUAUAUCCCGUGGGAGUGACAUUGAAGACCUCACUGUUUGUGAGCCACCAAAACCACAGUGUUCUUUGCCUCAAGACCCAGCUAUUGUUCAGUCCUCACUAGGCUCAUCAACUUCUUCAUUCCAGUCCACGGGUACCUAUGGGCCUUUCGGCAGGAUGCUCACAUACAGUCAGUUCAGUCCAAGUUCCUUAGUUGGGCAGCAGUUUGGUGCUGUUGUUGCUGCUGGAAGCUCUUUGACACCCUUUGGAAUAGAAACAUCAAACAGUGGUGUCUUACCCCAAAGUAAUGCAGUUGAUUCUGCCUUUACACAGGAUACAAGAUCCCUAAAAACACAGUUAUCUCAAGGUCGUUCAAGCCCUCAGUUAGACCGUUUAAGAAAAAGCCCAACCAUGGAGCAAGCAGUGCAGACCGUCUCGGCCCACUUACCUGCUCCAGCACCUGUUGGGAGAAGGAGUCCUGUAUCAACCAGGCCUUUGCCAUCUACCAGCCAAAAAGCAAUAGAGAAUCAGGAGCACAGGCGAGCUGAAGUACACAAAGUUUCAAGGCCAGAAAAUGAGCAACUCAAAAAUGAUAACAAGAGACAAGUGGCUCCAGAUAAACUUGAGAAACAGGAGAAGCCUGUAAAUGGUGAAGAUAAAGGAGACUCAGGAGUUUAUACUCCAAACAGUGAAGGAAAUGCUGAUGAAGAAGAUCCACUUGGACCUAAUUGCUAUUAUGACAAAACUAAAUCCUUCUUUGAUAAUAUUUCUUGUGAUGACAAUAGAGAAUGGAGUCCAACCUGGGCUGAAGAAAGAUUAAAUGCUGAAACAUUUGGAAUCCCACUUCAGCCAAACCGUGGUCGUGGGGAAUACAGAGGCAGAGGAGGUCUUGGUUUCCGUGGUGGCAGAGGGCGUGGUGCUGGCAGAGGUGGUACCUUCACUGCCCCUCGAGGAUUUCGUGGUAGAUUCAGAGGAGGUCGUGGGAGCCGGGAGUUUGCAGAGUUUGAAUACAGGAAAGACAACAAAGUUGCUGCAUAG